AUGUUAGAAGACCCUUUAGAAGACAUGUGGUUGCUAGCAUUGGUAAGGGGUUCGUGGGACUCAGAUCUCGGUUCCAACCUCUCGUUCAAUGUACAACAUGAUUUCAGAGAUUCCCAAUUCUCUCAUGGUGUUCAGUUGAAACAAAGAAUUACAAUCCGGCUUGUCUCUGACUUCAGAAUCUAUUUCAGGUCCGACCUUGGCUCUGUCACUGCUAUCCAAGUUUGGAGACAUACUUCUGUCAGUGUUAUCCAAGAUUUGGAGACGGUGUGUGAGAACUUCUUUAACAUACAGAGAAAAGGCAAAAGUUGUUCCAAGGAGAGAACUGCAGCUUGUAGGCGUCUGUGCUAUGUAAUUGCAUGGAAGUAUGAGGAAAUCUGGGCUUCUAAGACCAGAACAUUAGUUUCUGAAUCAUCACUUUUCGAAUCAACUCCAGCAGCCAUCACAACAGAUAUCUUAUCUUCUUUAACACUAGCUGAGAAGUCCAAGUCUCAUUCUUUUGUCCUCCUUUUAUCAAUUUUUUGGCGUAAACUUGGAGACAACAAGUUCUGUUUGUCUAUCCACUUCAGAAGUGUCUCAGAUGGAGACAUUGCAUCCAGCUCAAACACUAUACCACUUGCUCCAAGUCGUGGAAGAAAACGGACCCGUCAAAGUGUGAAUGGACUACUGGCCACAUCAGCGGAGGCACAACAAAGGACCGCAUAUCAAAACUCAGAAUCACCCGAUGGAAUAUACACCGAACCCUGGAAUUUUGGUGGGCCAACUGAAGUGUGUCCAAAAUGUGAAGCUAAAGUUUGGUAUGAGGAACGAGCGAGGAAGGACAGAAAUAGUAGUUCACCUGAAUACAGUUUUUGCUGUCAAAAGGGCAAGGUCAGGUUACCUCUAUUGAAAGACCCACCAGAAUUUUUGAAGGAUCUCUUGGACAAUAAUGAUAGUAGAUCGAAGAUUUUCAAGGAAAAAGGAAGGAUGUACAACUCCAUAAAUGCUUUCACUUCAAUGGGAGGGAAGGUAGACAGCAGUAUCAAUCGGGGAAAUGCUUCGUAUGUGUUUAGAUUAAAUGGGCAGAACCACCACAAGAUUGGGUCAUUGCUUCCGCCAGAAGGGCAACAACCAAGGUUCACCCAGCUUUAUAUUUAUGACACACAGAACGAAGUAUCUAACCGGAUAAACAGUCUCGGAAGUGUGGGAGAGAAACCAGAACUAGACCCUGUAAUUGUAGCAGGAUUAUCAAAGAUGUUUGAUGAGCAUAAUGAACUGGCAAAAGUAUUCAGAAUGGCUAGGGAAAGGUUCCAGGAGUCUGAUUUACAACCUGUGAAGAUUCGCUUGAUCGGAACAAGAGCAAAAGAUGGAAGACAAUACAACCUCCCUACGACUUCAGAGGUUGCGGCUUUGAUAGUGGGUACAGGUGAUACAGAAAAAGGGCCUAGGGAUGUCAUUAUCGAGGACAAACACUUUGGUCUGAAAAGGAUAUCCGAGCUUCACCCAAGUUUCAUGGCAAUGCAAUAUCCACUUCUUUUUCCAUAUGGAGAAGAUGGGCAUAGGACAGAAAUCCCCCACACUGAUGUGGAACAAACGGGGAGAAGGGUAAGAACUACAAUGACUAUGAGAGAAUACUACGCAUUUCGCUUUCAACAGAGAAAGAAGGAGGCAAAAACAAGAUUCCAAUUGGGGAGACUAAACCAACAACAACAAGUUGAUGCCUUCACAUGCAUCCAAGAAGGUAGAUUAGAAUGGGUAAGAGGAAACCAAAAAAAGCUUCGCAAAGAUGUGCUACGUGGAUUGGCGGAUGCUGUUUCUCGAGGAGAAACAACUCCUGCAUCUGUAGGACAACGUGUCAUACUACCUGCAUCCUUCACGGGAAGUCCGAGAUUCAUGAUUCAAAACUAUCACGACGCCCUAGCUAUUUGCAGAUGGGCUGGCCCUCCAGAUUUGUUCAUCACUAUGACAUGUAAUCCGAGAUGGCCAGAGGUCAGGGAUUUCUUAUCCUUGAUUCCCGGUCAAAAACCAGAAGACCGACCUGAUAUUAUCGCUCGAGUUUUCAAGAUAAAGCUUGAUGAACUGAUGGUGGACCUCACCAAAAGAAAUAUUUGCGGCCGCACUAAAGCAGCAAUAUACACAAUCGAGUUCCAAAAACGAGGCCUCCCACAUGUUCAUAUGUUGUUGUUUUUGCAAGAACCGGACAAACUACGGACUGCAGCGGACAUCGAUCGACUAAUUUCAGCAGAAUUACCAGACCCGGAAGAGGACCCAGUUGCAUUCGAGGCGGUAGUCCAAUACAUGACUCAUGGACCGUGUGGUACGUUGAACCCAAAAUGUCCAUGUAUGCAUGAUGGGCGUUGUACAAAGUACUAUCCUAAAGACUUCAACGACGACACAAUCAUUGGAGAAGACGGUUACCCACAAUACAGAAGAAGAAACAAUGGUCGGGUAGCACAAAAGAAUGGCCACACAAUUGAUAAUACCUUCAUUGUGCCAUACAAUGUGGACUUGCUGGUGAAUUAUCAAGCACACAUCAACGUCGAAGUAUGCAACAAAUACACAUGUACCAAAUACCUGUUCAAGUACAUGAACAAGGGUCCAGAUAUGGCACUAGCAACAAUUCAAGAAGUCACAGAUAGUGGAAUACCAGGAGGACAACAAGCCAAUCCUGAACCCCCAAGAGACGAGAUAAAAUCGUACUUGCAAUGCAGAUAUGUAUAUGCUGCAGAAGCAUGCUGGAUAGUAUUUGGCUUCCCAAUACAAUAUAAAUAUCCCCCCAGUUCAACGCUUAAGUUGUCACCUAGAGGAAGAACAAAUAUGACAGGAUCAACAAGCUUUGCAGAUAUAAGAACAGUAAAUGGCGUAGAAUUUGCCACAUUCAAGGAAGCUUGCAAUGCUUUAGGGCUUCUAGAAGGAGAUAGUGAAUGGCAUGAAGAUCUAAAGGCUGCGUCAUCUUGGGCUCAUGCCCCACAACUUAGAGAGUUGUUCGCCACAAUCUUAAUCUUCUGUGAAGUAACAAGUCCCAGUGACCUAUGGGAGAAAAAUUGGGAUCUACUAUCAGAUGAUGUCCAAUACCGGCAACGCAAGAGGUGUGUGUUGGAGCUCGAGUUUGAUUCAAGGAAGUCAUGUUUGUGCAUAUUGGAUUUGUUAAUUAUACUUUAUAAUGAAGGUUUUAUUCAUCGCUUGACAAAGCGGGCUGUUACAGUUCAUGUGUUGAAUAACGUCUUCACUUUGUAA